AUGAUUGUAGAUGCGCUUGGGUCGCCGGAGCAGAAUCCAGCAGCUUACCCGGCGCUAGCGCCAGCGCCGGACGAUGGCGUGUCGAUGUUUGCGUCCCUGGCAACACCGCGCGGACAAGCGCCACCACAACAACGAGUUCUCGCGCAAGCAGCAGCACUAGCAGCAAGCGGGAGGGAUAGAAUACAUCUUGACCCCGACUGCAAGCCAGCAAAAUUUGGCGAUCCGAAAGUUCGACGGGACCGAGCUCAACCGAGGGCUCAAUAG